AUGGAUGACCUUCCCAACGCCUCAGGAAGUGGCCCCGAGGACAUGUUCAUUACGACCUCCGGACCAGUGUCCCCAGCCCUCGCCCUCGUCGACUCCCAAGACUCUGUUGGCGAACAUUCCGCUGUGUCCCUUCCUUCUGGUGGAAACCAGCAGAAUAUCUCCAGCAGCGUCAUCAAAUUGGCCUCUGGAACGUCUGGCAGCCAGGAGACAGGUACCCCCAGCGUUCCGCCUAUGAUCAGCCCUCUGUCUGAUACCUUCCUUGAGGAGCUCGAGUUCGGCAUGUUGAUGACCAAUCAUACUCCUCUUCACAAGGUGGAAGACAGUCAUGACCUGAGUCCGACCUCUGUCAAGAUGGAGGACACUGACAAUCUACCUACGGCUCUUUUCAAGAUGGAAAUCAUCCACGACCUACCAAUGGAACCUCUCAAGAAAGAAGACACUCAAGGCCUGCCUAUGACUCCUAUUAAGAUGGAGGACGUCCAUGACCUUCCCAUGAUGCCUUCUAGUCAGGAGAGCAUAAACUACGGCUUAUCGUUGCUUGAUGGGACACUAUCUCCAGAGAAUAUCCACUUCAAGGCUCCUGCGAGCCCUCAGGAGAUACCAAGCUCUGACCAAUACGAGUCAAGCGCGUUCACCUUCAGUGACCCUGCCGAGGAAUACUUUUCCUCCAGGAGCCAAGUGAUGGUGUCGAGCCCAUUUCCCUCUCCCUCCACUUUCCCCAGCCAGGAGGCUGGCCAGGCACACGACGGCACGGGCGAUAGCCAUCUGGAAGAAGUUGGGGCCGACUUGGGUGCCCACGACGACCAACUUGCUCGCCUUUCUGGUCUGGGACAAUGUCGCCAUCUACCCUCUACCCUUCUUCAUGUCGAGAGUACUGGAGGCCAGGAAACAAGGGAUUCCACCGAAAGCGACUCCCAUGGAGUAGACGCCAUCGUGGCUGGUCUGAACGAGAACGAGAACCUGCAGCAGAAUGGACUACAAAGCAACAGCAGUCCCCCAGCCCACAACCCAUCCGCCCAACCAAGCCGCCUUCGAUGGCAGGGCAGACCCACCAACUGCAACAGAGCUCGAGCAGCCGCCGUCAGACGUCUCCGCCGUCUCCGACACUCCCUUCCCGGCCGAAACGAGCCUGGGUUCGUGCCAUUCGGUUCUGAGGGCGUGGCCAGCGCCGCCCAGGGGAACCGCUGGCCGAUCGAUCGACGUCUCAUGGAGCAGAUUAUUGCGGCGGAGCGCGGCGUCGGCGUCGAGGGCGAGUACGGCCGACGGGUCGGGCUGAGCUACAAGGCUAUCAAGGGCAAGUAUGACGAGUGGAAAUCGGCCGAGUCUACUCUGCGGGGUAUCAAGCGCUGCUACCAGCUUCCCAAGGAGCAUCGCGAGCGCAAGCCUACCUGGGGACCUGAGCACCGGGAAGCACUCGUCCACGCUGUGCCGCUCUACACAGGCAUAAACGGCAAGAUCUCAUGGCUUGCGGUGGCCAAGUACAUCAAAGAGCACACUGGCAAACCGUUCGGCGUGGGGACGGUGGCUAAGGAAUAUAAUCGUCUUCCCCAAGACGAAAAGUGCAUCAAAUGUGAAGACAAGGUGACUACGCAAGAGCUAGGAAAGGCGGAGGAUGAAGAUUACAGUGGUGAUGAUGAAGAUGGCAUGAUUGAUGUUGAAGAGAAUGAUGGUGAUGAUGAAGAUGGCAUGAUUGAUGUUGAAGAGAAUGAUGAUGAUGAUGAAGAAGGCUAUAUCAAUUAA